AUGGAUUCAUCGCGCCUCCCGCCAGAGACACCGCGCAGACAGCUGCUCAAACGCAUCCACCGAAGGAGCUCUGUCCUUCCUUCCAUGGACCCUGCAUCCCAUCUCGCCGCCUCCUCUUCAACGUCCACAACGCGGUCCACAUCUCGUCGUCCUUCGCUCAAUCCGGACAGCACAUCUCUUCUCGCAGCUCUGGAGAAGCACGACGAAGAGGAGGAAGACUAUGAACAGGUCGACUACAGCCACGAUGUCGUUAACAGCGCUGGACAAGCACACCUCGAUGACAUUGCGCAAGCGACAGAUGAGCCACAACACGAUUUCAACCAGCACGACGACCAAGAGAGGUCAUUUGACGGCGACGAGAACGGCGAAGAAGCUGACUGGGCGCAGGUGGACGAGUUGAUGGACACCCUUCAGCUCAGAAACCAGCGCAUCCUCGAGCUCGAGAAAAACGUCUCGCAGCUUCAGCGAGAUCUGCAAGUCGAAAAGGAUCGCACGAGGUCUUCCAAAGGCAAAGCCGGUGCGGCAAAUGCCGAAGACAAAGCAUUCACCCGCGUGAAAGCAAUCAAGCUGGAGCGCGAAUUCAUGUCGCAAGAGAUGAUCCUCAAGGGCCUGCAGCGCGACAACGAAGACAAGACGCACGAAGUGGAAGCGCUCCGACGCAAGAUGAAGGUCAUGUCCGACUUCCUUGCGCGUCAGUACGGUCAGAAUGGCUGGGAAGAGGUCGUCUUUGCUUCUUCUGGUGUCUCUACUGGGACCUCUGCGAAAGAGUCAGCUAUAGGUGGUAGCCCGGAGAAAGAACCUCUCAGCGCAGUUGGCCGUUUGCUCGCAACUGCAGGCGCAAGCGGCAGUCCUCGCGCCGUCACCAGGCCCAAAUUCUCGCCCAACUUGGGGAGCGAUGCAAACAUGAACCCGUUCUCGCCUGCAGCUUCGAGCCCCACCAAGGGUGUUGGCGCGAUCAACAACGACGACAUGCUCAUUCCGACCAUCGCUAACAUGCAGACACCGUCUUCCAGCCCGAGCAAGCCCUUCAUGCCGUCCUCAUCAGGACUUCGAGCACACUCUUCCGACGACGUCGACGAUUCGAUCGAUGGGGUUACUGACGCACUCGGCGAAGGAUGCAGACAACACUCGCACAAGCUCACCACCCAUGAGGCGUCCGACGGCAGAGCGGAUCCAAGCAACAGGGUUUCAGCUGGUCUGGAUCCCAACGUCCUGCUCGCCUCGAUCGAAAGUGUCCGUCUGCUGAUGCAAGGAUUCGAAAGGCAAAAUGCCAUCCGCAGAGCCGCACUCGAGUCGACGAUCGAAAAGGCUCUUGAAGCAGAGCGCAGAGCUGAACGUCUCCAAGCCGGGGCUUCGACAGCGCCGGCAAUGAAUCCUUCCCUCGACGUCUCAGCUGCUUGA